AUGGCGGUUUUAUCCUCGGCGAUGUUCGGGAGUUACCGGCCGGUGAAGACGGAGAUGAGAUCAAUACUACGGUGGAGAGUAAAGUGCCAGGUGUCUUCCGUAAAACCCGCCACGUAUUCGUCUAGAAUUUCCACAGAUAUUCCUCUGCACGAGUCUCCUCAGGCAUUGUUCGAUGAGUAUUUGGAGGAUAAACCGAGAGUAUUCGAAGCAAUGUUUCCAGAUAAACCCAGAAGCCAUAGACUUAACGAGGAAGAGUGGAGGAUUCAGAUGUUACCAAUAAACUUCCUCUUCCUUACUGUGUGGCCUGUGGUGGAUAUGCGAUUAAAAUGCAAAUCCAACGGUCAGGAUUAUCCACCAGACGUGCCUUUGGAUAUAACUAGAGUUGUGGAGCUUAACAUGACGAGAUGGGAGCUUCGAGGGCUUGACCGAGUAAUGCAACCGUCUGACUUUAGCUUGGGAGUCAAGGGAGCAUUGUACCCAGACCGAAGAGGAAAGAACACAAGGCUUAGAGGCCAACUAGAAAUGAACAUAAGCUUUGUGCUUCCUCCGGUUCUUGAAUUGGUACCUGAAGAUGUUAGGAGAAACUUGGCAAAUGCGGUUUUGACCGGUUUAGUGGAGAAUAUGAAGCAUAAGGUUAAUGGGAGCUUGCUCGCUGAUUAUAAUGACAAUUUCGUAGUGACUGCUCAUGAUCUCAUGAACAUUGAACUAGCAAAUUUUGAGGAUGUGGUAAACGAUUGUCAUGAAGUCAUUAGAACGAUGCAUAGUGACUUUCAGACUCCUGAAGAUGAAGCUAAAGAACACACUCUUGCAUGUGAUGCCGAGUCAUCUUGCGACAGCUACAGCCUUGAUCUACAAGACCUCUCAGCUUCCACAACUGGAUUCUAUUUACCACUUACGGUCUGUUUUCCACUCUUUCCACUACAUUCGGUCAAGUAA